CCUUUACCUUCUUCCUCUUAAUUCAUUUUUCACACACUCACACACUCACUGGGUGUUCGUCGGAAUCCGCCAUGGAUGACGAAAACGAGAGCUCCAAAUCAGCCGGAGCUAAAAAUUCAAAUCCAGAAGAAGAGGAAAACAGAAGCAAAAUCGAAAAUUUCUCCGACGAUAAGGAUGACGGAGUACUCGAUGAUAACAGUGUAGCUGAGAAUUUACGAGAAUCAAAGGAGGAAGCUUUAAUUUCAGAAACCCUAGUUCAUCCUACUGUACAAUCAUCCGUACAAAUUGAAACUGAUAGCCAAUCAGAAUUCGAUACAGAGUUCUCUCCCUCUUACCAACUUUCUGAAGUACCAGUGGAAUAUGAACUGCCCUCGUUUGGUUUCUCGAAAAAAAUCACGGAUAGAAUUAGUGUUACCAGGCCUGGAACUUUGAAUGUUCAAGCACGAACAGAACAUCAGCGACGCGUGCCUGAUGAAGCAUCCUCAUUGGAGCUGUCCUCUAUAUCUGUUGGACAGUCCAUUUCAUCAGUGCCAAGCCCAACUCUAGCAGAAAGACGAUCGUUAGCAGUAGUAAAUUGUACUGCAGGAGAAGUGGUUAAGCAGAGCUCCGAUGCGAAGGUUCUACCUCUUGUACCAGUUCUUAAGACACCAACCCGCGAUGGGUACAAUUGGCGGAAGUAUGGACAAAAGCAAGUUAAAAGUCCUCAAGGUUCUCGAAGUUAUUACCGAUGCACUCAUUCUGAGUGUUGUGCCAAGAAGAUUGAGUGCUCCGAUCACACUAAUCGUGUAAUGGAGAUUAUUUAUAGAAGUCAACACACUCAUGAUCCAUCCCCGAGAGUAAAUUGCUCAAGGGAAAGCAAGUCUGCUGUAUUAUCUCUACCUACCAAUGGCAAAAGUAUAAUAGCUCAUCCAAAUAGAAAUUCUCAUGAGACUGUGGCGUCCUCUUUAAAAGAAAAUUUACAAGAAAGUUUACCAAUCACUGAGCCAGCAAAUCAGAAUUCCGGUGGGUCUGACACUGGCACUGAAAUAACUAUUAAAGAGGAGCAUAGAGACGAACCGGAACAAAAGAAGAGGUCUAGGAAAAAUGACGCAAGUUGUUCUGAAUCUGUUUCUAAACCUGGAAAGAAACCCAAGCUUGUCGUGCAUGCUGCUUGUGAUGUAGGAAUAUCAAGUGAUGGCUACAGGUGGCGCAAGUAUGGACAAAAAAUGGUGAAAGGAAAUCCCCAUCCAAGGAACUACUAUCGCUGUAUAUCAGCUGGAUGUCCUGUUCGAAAGCACAUUGAAAGGGUUGUAGAUACCACAAGUGAACUAACAAUAACAUAUAAGGGAGUACACGAUCAUGACAUGCCUGUACCAAAAAAACAUCACGGUCCAACGAGUGCACCUCUUAUUGCUGCUGCUGCCCCGGCUUCCUUAGCCAAUAUGCAUGCUAAGAAACCUGAAACGCUACAACAUCAAAAAUCGACCACACAAUGGUCUGUGGAUAAAGAAGGUGAGUUGACAGGUGAGAAAUUGGAUCUUGGAGGAGAAAAAGCAAUGGAAUCGGCUCGAACUCUGUUGAGUAUUGGAUUUGAAAUAAAGCCUUGCUAAAAUUGGUUAGCUGCUUUGAUUUUUGUUGCAUUUAUUUAAUUAUCCUCCAUAGGGAUUUCUUGUAGAAAUUUAGAAGAGUGUACCUUUUUAUAGUCCUCCAGGUUUUUUAAUAGUCUCUGUAGAAUGAUUGUGGUCAUCCAAUAUUUAGAUAGUCUAUACUCAGUUGCGUACAUUAUUGUGGAUCAAAAUAAUUAACAUAGAUCUUGGAGGAACAUAUUGUGAUGUUUGUCUAUUUGCUUAUGUUUCUUUUUCUAUUUAUUACCAAAGCUUUAGGAGAACUUAGGUUGGACAUGAA